GUCAGCCUAUCAAUUUCGAUUUUACUGUCGCUGACUGUGUUCUUCCUCCUGCUGGCCGAAAUUAUCCCGCCCACAUCGCUCGUGGUACCGCUUCUCGGUAAAUUCGUCCUUUUCACCAUGAUCCUAGACACCUUCAGUAUAUGCGUAACCGUGGUAGUCCUCAAUGUUCACUUCCGGUCGCCACAGACGCACGUGAUGGCACCGUGGGUCCGUCGUGUUUUUAUCCAUGUUCUGCCAAGACUACUGGUGAUGCGCAGGCCGCAGUACCAGAUAGACAAACGUAGCAUGAGUGGCCAUCACGGCCAACGUGUGAUGGUCAGAACGUGCAACGGCCUCGAGUUACGAGACCCAUCUCUCUUCGUAGAGACCUCCGCCUCGGAGCUGGUCGAGUCCUCCGUUUUGUUCCCGAGUCUCGAUUCGCGGGACGAAUUACACCCUCGGUACAUGAGGAAUAUUUUUCAAAACGAGAGACAAGUAAAAUAUGUGUUUGUCUUAGAGAGAGAGAGAGAGAAAAAAAAGAAAAAAAGAAAAGGAAAGAAAAAAAAAACGAAAUGUGUGAUUAUUAUUAGGGAAUUGGAAGCUGUGAAUUUAGGAAGCGCGUGUCGUAUUCACGGUUCACCAGCGGCCACGGCUGCUCCUCCACCGCAACUGCCGACCGAGGAGAGCGUGGACGCUCUCUGCAACACUCUUCAUCAUUGGCACCACUGCCCAGAACUGUACAAGGCUAUCGAAGGGAUUCGUUUCAUUGCUGACCACACGAAGAGAGAAGAGGACUCCACCAGAGUCAAGGAAGAUUGGAAGUACGUCGCGAUGGUGCUUGACAGGCUAUUCCUGUGGAUUUUUACACUGGCUGUAUUCGUCGGCACGGCAGGCAUCAUCCUGCAGGCACCAACGCUGUACGACGAUCGCACGCCCAUUGACGUGCGGCUGUCCGAGAUCGCUUCCACCACUGCCAAGCCACACAUCGUCACAAGCCUCUGAGAGACAAUUGUUCAAUUUCGUUACCUUCACGCAUCGCACACACGCGCGUGCACGCGUACACACGUAUACAAUGUAGUACGCAACAACGUAAGAACUUAAACUAUGAGAUGAGUUGCACACAUUGACCCCCCCUCCAGGGACUCGUGUUGCGAAGAAUAUUCACUGUGCUGUCAAUCAUUCCGAUGGUACUUAUAUAGGUUGUACGGAAAGAAGUCUGUUAGCGUUAAUCGACAUCGAUAACCUUCGAUCGCCAUUUUGCUAGAUCCGAAGGGGCCUGGUAUCGUUCGAUUAUUUCUAGUCCUAUCAUUGAAAUAUAUAUAAUAUGCACUUUCGUCGCUUGAAUCGGAUUGAUUCGUUUACCGGGUUGUUAAUAGUUCUUUGAUCCUCGUGAGGCGUUCGCUUAUGUUUUACGAUCGUUUAGUUUUUAUCGAGGGGAGAUUGAUUGGUUUGUAAUAACGAUAACGAUCAAAUAUACAUUGUUUCAGUAAGAUACAUUGGUAAAUGUGUCCCAGGUGUUGUUCGAUUUCAUUCGAAUUGAACCAGAGGUUUCUCUCGUCCUUGGCGUAAACGACUGAAAGACUGAAGCCUCG